AUGCUUCCCGAGGACGAUAGCGAUCUCAAGUCCCGCCGCGUGUCGCUGCCGGUGUACCCGCCGUCACCGCCGAGCCGCCGGCACUUCCCGCUGCACUUGGGCGUGAAGCGGCGGCGUUCGGGCCCCGCGCCAGAGCGCCGCGUCAACUGCGUCUUGGUAGGAGACGGAGCGGUGGGCAAGAGCAGCCUGGUCAUCAGCUACACCACUAAUGGCUAUCCUGUCAGAUACGUGCCCACUGCCUUCGACAACUUCACAGUCAUGGUCGUGGUGGACGGGACACCGGUCAGAUUGCAGCUUUGUGACACGGCAGGACAGAAAUGGGGUAUUGGUGAUGGAUCCAUCAAUGAUGAGUUGGAGCGCCUCCGACCGCUCUGCUACCGAAACGCAGACGUCUUCCUGCUGUGCUACAGUGUGGUCCGACCAGAUUCGUUCCGCAACCUGACCCAGCGUUGGUUGCCCGAGAUCCGCCGGCAUUGUCCCGGGGCUCCGCUCGUCUUAGUGGGAACUCAGCUGGACCUACGUGAGGACGUCCAGGUGUUGAUUCACCUGGCUCAGAACCAUGAGCGCCCGGUGGGCCAGGAGGAUGGCCGACAGCUCGCACAGCAACUUGGUGCUACCGGCUUUGCUGAGUGCUCCGCGCUAACGCAGAAGAACCUCAAGGAGGCCUUUGAUUCGGCCAUCUUGGCGAGCAUCCAACAGAUGGAAGAUGGCAGUGGCAAUGUUAACGUUGGUGGCGUACUGCCACAGGGACUAACCAACAAGAGGAAUACUCCUGACAAGAUCAAGAAGCUCUCAGAGGCCUGGUGGAGCAAGAUCCGAUGCCUGGUGGGGGAACAGAACUGUGAUCAGCUAACUGCAUGA